AGGGCACAGGGUGGCACCUGAGGCUCAGGACCAGGAAUCAUUGACCCAUGGCUCCUGGCUCGGGGGCUGGUAAACAUUGAGCCGCUGACCCACGGGCAGCCCCAUCUCCCUGUCACAAGGAAGAGGAGCUCAGUGUUGCUGCUCCUUCCCACACGCAGGAGGAUGCUCCCCGACUACCUGCCGCGCCUCGCCCUGCUGCUGCUUGCGGCCAGGCUGCCACAGGCCUGCCCCGUGGGGUGCAACUGCUUUAAGGGGGAGCUGGUGUGCUCCUCUGAGGACCUGGUGGACGUGCCGCGGGACCUCCCCGAGAACGCCACGGAAAUCAUCUUUGUGGAGACCCCGCUGGCAGCCAUCCAGCCCUGGGCCUUUGCCAAUGCCAGCCGCUUGUCCAAGGUGGUCUUCCUUGACUGCGGGCUCCGGUCUCUGCAGGCGGAGGCCUUCGCGGGGCUGCCGGCUCUCGAGGACCUGGAGGUCACGGGCAGCCCCCUGGGGGGUCUCCCGGGAGAGGCCUUCAGGAACCUGAGCGGCCUCCGCAAACUCACGCUCAACUUCAACCUUCUCCAAGUGCUGCCGGAAGAGCUCUUCCAGGGCCUGGACGCCUUGGAGGCCCUGCACCUGCAGGGGAACCGGUUGCAGAGGCUGCCCGCGGCCAUCUUCCAGCCCCUGGGGGCUCUGUGCCUCCUGAACCUGGCUCAGAACCUCCUGGGCCAGAUCUCGGAGCGGCUCCUGGCCCCCCUGGCCGGCCUCCAGACCCUGAAGCUGAGCGACAACGCCCUGGCCACGCUGCCGCCUCGGGCUUUCUGGGGCCUGGGUGGCCUCCGGGAGCUCUUUCUGGACGGGAAUGCGCUGGUGGAGCUUCCCGAGGGGCUGUUCUCGGGGCUGGGUGCCCUGGAGCAGCUCUGGCUGCAGCACAAUGCCAUCGGCCAUCUCCCGGAGGCCAUCUUCUCCCCGCUGGCCAACCUGACCUUCCUGAACCUGCAGGGGAACAGGCUCCGGGCGCUCCCCGGUGGCCUCUUCCGCCAGACCCCCAGCCUGGCCAGGCUGUCACUGUCUGGCAACAGGUUGGAGAACAUCUCCGGGGACGCCUUCGCAAACACCCCCAAGCUCAGCGUCCUCACCCUGUCCCACAACGGGCUGGCCGGCCUCCCGCCCGGGCUCUUCGACCGCGUCCCCCGCCUGGCCAAGCUCUACCUGGCCGGCAACAACCUGACGGCCCUGGACGGGUGGCUCUUCCGCAACCUGAGCGAGCUGGAGCUGCUGAGCCUGGCCAACAACCAGCUGACCGCGCUGCCCACGGGCAUUUUCGACGAGAACUUCAGGCUGUUUCACCUGGGUCUGCAGGGCAACCCCUGGCGCUGCGACUGCCACCUGGCCUACCUCCUGGACUGGCUGCGGGAGUACAGCGACCACCACUUCAACCUGCAGACCUACUGUGCCAGCCCCCAGUACUUAGCGGGCCAGCUGCUGCCGGCGCUGGAGGCCGAGCAGCUGGUGUGCCCGGUGUCCCCGGGGUCCCACAGGGCUCGCGCCUUCCCGGAGGCCGCAGAGGACCCCAGCAGCAUCUGGGACCCGGAGGAGGAGGCCCGAGCCCCCGCCCCCUGCACCUACAGCAGCGCGGAUGGGACCGUGGCGCUUGCCUGUGACCGGGAGGUCUGCCGCUGGCUCCGGGUCCGGCUGUCUCCCAGGGAGACCUUGGCCGGCCCGGGCCUGACGCUCAAUUCCACGCGGGACUGGGUUUUGGAAUCGAGCUGUGGCUCGGUGCGCGUGACUCUCUCCAUUAAUGCCCCGGGGGGAGGGGGCUAGAGCCAGGAUAGACACGCCCCGCUCCGGGGCCUCUCUUCAGGGGCCAAGGGGGGCUCGGGAGCAGACUCGGAGGGGAUCUCGCCUGGCCGCCGGGUCAGCUCCAGGACUUCUCCCGCCCUCGGGUGCUCCCCCGGAGGCUCUUCCUGCUGGGCCCGACAGGGAGGCCGCCCUCCUGGUGGCCGGGGCUCCCUCCUGAUGCCGGCUCAGGCCGCCCUGCCUUCUCACAGCCAUUUAAUCAUUAAAGUCCCAAGCCAGCAGGAGGGUGGUCAUGGCUCUCGGGUGGGAUGGACAGAACCCCUGGGUCUGGGGGGAGUCUGGGCUUGCCUUCCUUCUGGGAGACCCAGAGGCUGCACGGGAGAGGGAGCUCAGGGGAGAUGGCCCCGGGCGCCCCAGCCUGGGCAGAUCUCAGGCUUCUGACAGACCAAAGUGGACACAGCUUUGAAGGGGGGAAGGAGCUAGGAGCCAGGGGGGCUGCCCCUCCCCCAUCUGUCCUUGAGCUUCUGGGCAGCCGGACCAGCUCGGGCAGGGGGGAGGAGUUGGGGGUGACUAACAGACCUUCUGAUUGGGCAAUGAGCUGCUACGGAAACAUCAGGGUUCGUUGGGGGGCUGGGGAAUAAAACCCUCAGAUUCUCCUGGACAAAUGCCGGGCCUUCUUGGGCCUCCCUGGGCCUCCUCUGCGUGCCUCGGGCUGUGAUAGAAGCAGGGGCAGGAGGGAGCCCCCUGAAGCCCAGGGCCGGGCCAGGAGAGGCUGAGGUCCAGGGACUGGCCCCUGGGCAGGCGCUCCCUCAGGGGGAGCCUCUCCUGAGGAAAGGCCGGCCAGGCAGGAAGGAAUUCCCGCCAGAACGCGGCCACGUGGGAGAUGCUCCCACUUCUCUCAGGCUUUCAGGCUGCGGGAGGCCUGUGCUUACAGCAGGUCCUAGGUGAGGGUAGGCCUGGCUGGCCCCAUUCUCCAGAUGAGGAUGAGCUGGGGAGAGAUUUAUCAAAAUUCACACAGACUUUCAGAACCCAAAGGGCCUUAGAGCGGAGGAAUAUCACGUUUUCAGUUGGGGAAACAGGCUCAGAUUUGUUCGAGGGCCCACAGGUGGCAGAUGGUGGGUUGGGGUUCCACGUGGAGUGCUCUUCCCACCACCCUGUUCUUCGGAAGCAUCCCAAGCAAUAACCACUGGAACCGGCUUCCUUGAGCCACCUUCAGCACCGCCCUCUGGGGACAGCUGCCUCCCCGACCUGCUUCCCUGGUCCUACCUCCCGGGGUCACUAUCUCGCUGGCCAGAUAAGGCCCCGAGGGCCCCGUGCCCGCAUGCCCAGGGCGUGCCCCCCGUGCCCUCAUGCCCAAGGUGCCCCCCGUGCCGGUAUGUCCAGGGCGGGGCCCAGCCGCUCCAGCACACUGACCAAGGGCCCCCAGGCUCAUCUGGGCUCUGGGGCUGGUUCCUCUCCUCGGUUACUCUGGGAAGUCUGUGGCCUUGGGAGGGAAGUGGCAUUUCCUUUAGCUGCCGGUGGUCCCUGGAGGGAAGAAGGCUGGUCCUGGAUUGGGGAGAGACUUGGGUCCAGAUUCUGCCUCAGGCAUUGGCGUUGCCGGCUGUGUGACUUUGGGCAAGUCAGGGCUGGUCUCUGAGCUUCCUCAGUUUCCUCGUUGGUGAAAGGGAGGGGAUUGAACUUGAGAUACUUCCCCUCCCCCCAGGCAUCGUCCAGUUCUGAGUCCAAGAUGCUCCUCUUGCUGAGGAAGCUACAGAACCACUUUAGGAAUGAUUUCAUUCUUGGGCAACCUGGGCCCCCUUCCCCCGCCCGGCCCCUCCUCCCCCGCCAGGCUCCCUGGGGCCCCUUGGCCGCCCAGCUGCUUCCUGUCUGUCCUCUGCCCCGGACCCUGGGCGGCCCAGGCCCCAUCUCGGGAAGGCUGUUGGAUUGGAGAGUGGCCAGAGAAAGU